GUAAAAUCUCUCAGGUAAACACCGAUAAAGAAGCGUAUUCACACGGCAACAGGUGCACUCCUUCCCAAAGAGAGACUCAUCGUGGAUAUAAAGCAGCAGGUCGAGCUGCAGGAUGACCGGUAGAACAGUUUAAAGAAGGUUCCCGAGGGCCACAGGUCUAAAAGUUGAAACCCACUCCCUGUGAGACCACCAUCGUUCCACCAUGAAGAGGAACAAGCAGAUCAACAUCCAGCGCACCCUCGCUCUGGCCGGCGCCUUCCACUUCCUGUCCUCUUGCGCCCGGGCCUCGCUGCUGCCCUUCCUCCCGCUCUUCCUCCGUCAGCAGGGUCUGUCUCCCUCCAUGACGGGCAUCAUCAUGGGCACCAAACACCUCAUCGCUCUGCUGUGGAGCCCCGCCUCCAGCCUGCUGUCCAAACACUACAACCAGAGGAGGGCGGUGAUCGUUGGAUCUCUGGUUUGUUCGGCGUCCGUCGCUCUUCUUCUACUGUUCUUCCCGCCUGUGGACGUGCACGAAAACUGUCAUUUUACGAGUGAUCUGAGCGGUGGUCCGACGCAAAGUCCGACAGACGGUGGCAUGUUACCCAGAACUACGGAUUCUCAAACUCCUGCAAAGACACUCGCUGAUGCUCAACCUGCUCCUGUUCUGACAAACGAAACGGCACUUCUGGAUAAACCUCCGCUUCCAGAAGACAAUGCGAACAAAAGUCAGACAAGUGGUGGUGUGAUGAAGACCAUUGUUGCACCUUCAUCUUUAUCCAAAACUAAAGCUAACAAUGCUACUCUUCCUCAGUCUGCAAGUGUUCCUGCAAAAAGACUCGCUGAUGCUAAACCUGCUCCUGUUCUGACAAACGAAACGGCACUUUAUGAUCUGGAUACACCUCAGCUUUCAGAAGAUAUCCCAAACAAAAGUCAGACAGGUGGUGGUGGUGCGAUUAAGAGCAGUGUUGCACUUUCCUCUUCAUCCAAAACUAGGAAGAAGAGGUCAGAAAUAAAGAUGGAGGAGGAGAACAACCAGAGACAGUUUGAGUUUCUGGGCAGCCUGAAGGUGAUGGACGCUCAUCACCAGCUCUUCUUCCUCAUCCUCAUCACCGUGUCGCUGUGGGAGUUAAUGGCGGCGCCCCUCGAAUGGACGGCGGACGACGGACUGUACGAGUAUCUCGACUUCGCGGAUGCUUCGGAUCGAUACAGAAUCACCUCUAUUUGGAAGAUCCUCGGAGCAGCGUUUGGCGUCGGAGGAACCGGACUUCUCGUUAGCCGAUUACCCUGCCUCAUAGCCGGGGGUUUCCCUCGGAUGGCCGCACACUUCUUCCUCUACGCUGUCAUCGGAUUUGUGGCGCUUCCCGUCGCCGCCUACCUGCCUCUGCACCUGAAUAAGAAGCGGGAUCGGGGUUUCGGUCUCCUGAAAGCGUUGCAGCUGGUCCACAACUCCCCCCACGCUUUGCUUUGCCUCGCCACCACCUUUUUAGUGGGGUGCGCUGGAUCCGUUGUGGAUAAUUUCCUCUUGUGGCAGAUGCAGGACCACGGGAGCAGCGAGAUGCACAUGGGGGUCUCGUUAGCCCUCGCUUUAAUCUCACAGGCUGUCUAUCCUUUACUCAAAGGGCGGAUUUCGAAGCUGCUCACCCCAGGAAAGGUGCUCGUCGUCGGGGCAGCAAGCCUCGGUGUGCAGUGCUUCUACUUCUCCUUCCUGUGGGGGCCGUGGGCUGUGAUUCCCGCCCAGAUGUUGAGUUGUUUGAGCUCCGGCGCCCUCUGGUGGGCCGUGAAGAUACAGUGUGAGGAGGUGGCUACACCAGGUUCAGAGAGGAGUGUGAGGAGGAUCUUCAGCUCUCUUUCGCUAAAUUUGGGGAGUAGUUUGGGGAGUUUCGCCGGGGGCUUUGUGGUGCAGAGGUUCGGGCUGACGUGGCUGUUCAGAGGGACGGCGAUGUGUGUGAUGUUGUGGUGUGUGUGUCUGCCGCUGCUGCAGUUUAAAGCCCCUCGACAGUGCAGGAUUAAUUACUCCAGACUGCUGGCGGCUAACGGGAGCGACGCCAGCGACUCUGAGAGCGAGUCGGACUGGCUGGAGAAAGCGAUGGAAGAGAACAGAAGCAACUCGGGGAGAAAGAUCCACUGAGCUGAGGGCAAAAGGAUUCAAAAGGUGAAGUAGCUAGAGAUGAUUUACCUCUACGAAGUAAAAUGAUAGAUCCAUUUAUAUCAGAGGGUAUAUAAGAGUAAUCAUAAAGAAAUUGUUGGUCAACUUGCACUCGUAUAACUUUGUCGACCAAUCAAUUUGUUGUCUUAAUUGACAGAAUUAUGAAAAAGCACAACUUUAUAAACCCCUGUUUCCAAGAGAUGUGUGCAAAAAUGACAACUACUGUAUAGUGAAUUAUGACUGAAAAGUGAUAGAAAGUUCUGCUUUUCUAAAACAAAUAUCUACAUCAUAUAUUUAUAUACUUGACCCUGCCUUUACAACAUUAGAGAACCCCUUUUUAUUUCUGAGGUAGGGUACAAACUAUGCAAAACAUUUGUUAUUUUCUUUGUCAAUCUUAAAUUGUAUGUUGUCCUAUGUUACAAAAAAAACUCUUCUGAUCACAAGUGUCAUAGAAAAAGUGAUUCAGCAAGAAAAAGACAAUACUAAUUGAUACAGGAUGUUACACCACUGAUGUCAGAAGUGUUGUGAUAACUAAAACUACUAACCCCAACUAAUCCUACCAAUAUAUUUGUUUCGUACUGUCUUGCUUGUAUCCUUAACUUCUGCUAAGGAAGCUCAGCCGAAAGAAAGCUCAUGGAUUUCCUUCUUUGACAGCUUUAAUUAAAGUCAAAGUGCCAAUGUUUAACUUUAGCUGCUCAUCAUUUCUUCCAUCAGAGUCAAAUGGAGUGGCAGUCUGCAGUUCAAAUGUCUUAAAGCUUUACUGAUGGACUUCCUCUCUGAGCCACCUGAGCCUUUUCACAUUAGCACAAGCAAUCAUUGUCUUUUAUAUAAAGCAAACAAGGUAGCAGGAUUAUGCUCUGCAGAAGAAGACGAGGCAAGUUUAACCGCUCUGGGUUUAAGUUAUUUUUCUUCAGGUGUAAACACAAGAUGUUUGCAGAGGAUGAGGCUCUGGCUUCUGGUUUCACCACACCCUAAAGCCUGUUUAUCUGCUGUGAAUAUCACCACUGGCAUGCAUUGUGUUUGUGCCUUUAUUCUACACUCUUUAAACUGCUGACAUUAUUUAAAAGGCGGGAUGGUGAUCGUUCUGGCAGUUCAUUAUGCAAACUGUGUCAAUCACUUGGUAUGGUAUUUAAGUAAUUUCUAAAGAGUUUCUCAUUAUAAUUUAUUUUAUUUGUCGAAAACAACGUCCUAAAAAGGGGCCAGUGGAGGGAUGUUGUGCAUGUUUGAUUAACAGAUCAAUUAUAUUUAAGUUGGAGACCAUACGUUUGUCCUAGAGUUAUCUACAUGUACUGAUUGUCUGAUGUUUGUUCUCUAAGAGCUUCCUUCCAUUUUGCCGAAAAUAAAAGGAUUACAGUUGUUUGAUAUUUUGAUCGUCUUGGUUUAAAAGAUUCUUGGAGUCAAAUUGAAUGAUACUUAGAAACAAAGGGUAACUGGGAUUGUAAUUUUGUGUGAGAAUCUUGUGUUAAAGCAAAUGUGUUUUUUGAGCUGUGUCGGAAAAUGUUUAUCAAAACUGUAUUUCAAUUUCACGAAACAUACCGCAUGUCAAAAUGUGUAUUUUGAUGUGUUAGAAAUCAUUAGAGAUGUGUGUUGAAAAUAAAAUAUGUUGUCUUAAAGGGACAGUGCACCCAAAAACAAAUAAACAUAUUUUUCCUUUUACAUUU